AUGGAAGAAUUUCAACUUGAAGAGUUAUUGAAAUGGAUUGAUGAUAUUCCUCUAUCAUGGAAGAAAAAGAAUCUUUCAAGAGACUUCAGUGAUGGCGUUUUAAUGGCUGAAAUUUGCGCACAUUUUUAUCCGAAAGCAGUUGAUCUAUUUAAUUAUAAUGAAGGACUAAAAGUUGACACUAAAAUAUAUAAUUGGAAUACACUCAAUGCAAAGGUAUUACGAAAAAUCAAAUUUCCAAUAGAUAAAGGAACAAUUACUGAUAUUGCAAAUUGCAAGCAAGGAACAAUCGAAAAAGUUCUUUGGGAUUUCAAACACUUUGUUGAAAACAAGCAAGAAGAAGCUCAAAAACCAUAUUUCGACGAUAUUCAAACAGAUCCUGAUAUUGAAGAGAUAGAGAAUGCAUUGAAAGCAACAGAUAGAAGCUUACUCGAAAAUAAAAUCAAAGAAUGCGAAGAACAAGCUAAAUAUAUUGAAGAAUUACAUUCAAAAAUUAAAAUUGUUAAAAACUUGAUCAAGGAAAAGGAUUUGUAUCUAUCUCAAUUACACUCAUCAGGUCUUAUUAGAUAA